CAUCCGGAAAGGGGCGGGGGAGGCAGGCUAGUGGAGGCGGGGUCAAGAUGGCGGCGCCUUUGAGGAUUCAGAGCGACUGGGCCCAGGUCCUCAGGAAAGAUGAAGGGGAGGCCUGGCUGAGCUGUCACCCUCCAGGGAAACCAUCUUUAUAUGGCAGCCUAACUUGUCAAGGAAUUGGACUAGAUGGCAUCCCAGAGGUUACAGCUUCGGAAGGAUUUAUUGUGAAUGAAAUAAAUAAGAAAAGCAUUCAUAUUUCGUGUCCAAAGGAAAACGCAUCUUCAAAGUUUUUGGCACCAUAUACUACCUUUUCCAGAAUUCAUACAAAGAGUAUAACAUGCCUGGACAUUUCCAGUGGAGGAGGCCUUGGUGUGUCGUCUAGUUCUGAUGGGAGCAUGAAGAUCUGGCAGGCUUCCAAUGGAGAACUCAGAAGAGUGUUGGAAGGACAUGUAUUUGAUGUGAAUUGUUGUAGGUUUUUCCCAUCAGGCCUUGUGGUUCUGAGUGGGGGAAUGGAUGCUCAGCUGAAGAUCUGGUCAGCCGAAGACGCUAGCUGUGUGGCAACCUUCAAAGGGCACAGAGGAGGUAUCCUGGAUACAGCCAUUGUCGACCGAGGGCGGAAUGUGGUGUCUGGCUCUCGAGAUGGAACGGCACGGCUUUGGGACUGUGGGCGCUCAGCCUGCCUGGGAGUCCUUGCAGACUGCGGUUCUUCCAUUAACGGAGUGGCAGUGGGUGCUGCUGACAACUCUAUAAACCUUGGCUCCCCUGAGCAGAUACCUAGUGAACGGGAGGUUGGAACAGAAGCAAAAAUGCUGCUGGUGGCCCGGGAAGAUAAGAAGCUUCAGUGCCUGGGACUGCAGAGCAGGCAGCCGGUCUUCCUCUUUAUUGGCUCAGAUGCCUUCAACUGCUGUACUUUUCUCUCUGGCUUCUUGCUACUGGCUGGAACACAAGAUGGAAACAUUUAUCAGCUGGAUGUGAGGAGUCCAAGAACUCCAGUACAAGUCAUCCACAGAUCAGGAGCACCAGUUCUAUCCCUGCUGAAUUUCAGAGAUGGAUUCAUUGCUAGCCAAGGUGAUGGAAGCUGUUUCAUUGUUCAGCAAGAUUUAGACUAUGCCGUUGAGCUCACUGGGGCUGACUGUGACCCCGUGUACAAGGUAGCCACAUGGGAGAAGCAAAUCUACACAUGCUGUCGAGAUGGUCUCUUGAGACGCUAUCAGCUUUCUGACCUCUGACCUCUGACCUUUUGGAAAGUUACUGAAAAGCAUUGACCCUGAUCUACGAGUGGAAACGUCAUCAAUCCUUCCCAAGGUCUAUGGCUCCUUAGUGUCAUAAGCACCCUUGGAAGUCACAGCAAGUGAGCUAAACUGGCCUAGGUGGAUUUAGCAUCUCAAGACCGACUUUGAACUGAGGAAGAAGCUCACCUGUAGCUGGGCAUGGUGCCACAUGCCUGUAAUCUCAGCACUCUAGUAGGCCGAGGGAGGAGAACACAAGUUUGAGCCCACCCUAGGGAAUUUAAAGACUUGGCUAUUUCAAAAUAAACAAAAUGUUUAAAGAG